AUGGACACCUGGACCCUGUGCUGUUUCGUAUUUGUGACAACUAGUGCCUCUUCCACUCUUCCCCACUUUGGUCCGCCAUCGACAGCGAAACGAAAUGAAAGCUAUCUGCGAAGUGAAAGCGGUAACCGACCGCAAAUUGCUUUUUUUUCGCGAUCCACUGAUCACUAUCCAGCGGUUACCGAAUAUGUGGAUCAUCACUGGAAGCCGUCGGGUGCAUCGUGA